AAAGACUGUGCUAAGUAACGGAGGUACCAGAUGAUUGAGACAUCUUAUAGGUCUUAUGAGGGAAGAAGUCAUAACGGUUACUAGUAGCAACUCAUUUAUCGAGUGCUUCCUCUGUGUUAAGUGCUUGCCAUAUAUCAUAAUAGUAAUGACAGAGAACAUUAAUUAAAACAGACUCUGAAAAAAACAAAAACAGACUCUGUUCUACAUACAUUAUUUCACCUUAUAGGUCACCAAGGCCUAUAAGGUGAAUAUUACCAGUAAAGAGCAAGAAACAGGAUUUCAAGUCUUGGAACUGGCAGAAUCAGGAAUUGAACUAAGGUGGUGGAAGAAGGAUAGGGUCAGAUGUGAUAAAUAAUUAGGACUUAGGGUCAGCAAUACUAGGUGGAAGAUUGGAUGUGGGGGUAGAAGGAAAUGGAGAAAUAACUCCCAGGUUUUGAUUGGGGUGGACCUAAGAGCAAUAAGGCCAAAGAGAAAAGAUGAAAGCCCAACUUGGGACGCGAUGAGUUUGAGACGCCGGAGUACCACUCAUGGAUGCAGGAACCGAGAGGCUAUUUCGGCCCCCUCCCUCGGCCCUGAAGAGGUGCUGGGAGAAGGCACGCAAGGAGGACGAAGAGGUCCCAACAGGACAUCCUACUGUCGAAAUCCACUCUGUGAGCCAGGAUCCUCUGGGGGCUCAGGUGGGGGCCACACUUCCAGCGCAUCAGUCACCAGUGUCCGUUCCCGCACCAGGAGCAGUUCUGGGACAGGCCUCUCCAGCCCCCCACUGGCCACCCAGACGGUCGUGCCCCUGCAGCACUGCAAGAUCCCUGAGCUGCCAGUCCAGACCAGCAUUCUGUUUGAGUUGCAGCUCUUCUUCUGCCAGCUCAUAGCCCUCUUCGUCCACUACAUCAACAUCUACAAGACAGUGUGGUGGUAUCCGCCCUCCCACCCGCCCUCCCACACCUCCCUGAAUUUCCACCUGAUCGACUUCAACUUGCUGAUGGUGACCACCAUUGUUCUGGGCCGCCGCUUCAUUGGGUCCAUCGUGAAGGAGGCUUCUCAGAGGGGGAAGGUCUCCCUCUUUCGCUCCAUCAUGCUGUUCCUCACCCGCUUCACCGUUCUCACGGCAACAGGCUGGAGUCUGUGCCGCUCCCUCAUCCACCUCUUCAGGACCUACUCCUUCCUGAACCUCCUGUUCCUCUGCUAUCCGUUUGGGAUGUACAUUCCGUUCCUGCAGCUGAACUGUGACCUCCGUAAGACAAACCUCUUCAGCCACAUGGCCUCCAUGGGUCCCCGGGAGGCGGUCAGUGGCCUGGCACGGAGCCGGGACUACCUGCUGACACUGCGGGAGACGUGGAAGCAGCACACGCGGCAGCUGUAUGGUCCGGACGCCAUGCCCACCCACGCCUGCUGCCUGUCGCCCAGCCUCAUCCGCAGUGAGGUGGAGUUCCUCAAGAUGGACUUCAACUGGCGCAUGAAGGAGGUGCUGGUCAGCUCCAUGCUGAGCGCCUAUUACGUGGCCUUUGUGCCUGUUUGGUUCGUGAAGAACACACAUUACUAUGACAAGCGCUGGUCCUGCGAGCUCUUCCUGCUGGUGUCCAUCAGCACCUCCGUGAUCCUCAUGCAGCACCUGCUGCCUGCCAGCUACUGCGACCUGCUGCAUAAGGCCGCUGCCCACCUGGGCUGCUGGCAGAAGGUGGACCCAGCACUGUGCUCCAAUGUACUGCAGCACCCGUGGACUGAAGAAUGCAUGUGGCCACAGGGCGUGCUGGUGAAGCACAGCAAGAACGUCUACAAAGCCGUGGGCCACUACAACGUGGCCAUCCCCUCCGACGUCUCCCACUUCCGGUUCCACUUCUUUUUCAGCAAACCCCUGCGGAUCCUCAACAUCCUUUUGCUGCUGGAGGGCGCUGUCAUCGUCUACCAGUUGUACUCCUUAAUGUCCUCUGAUAAGUGGCACCAGACCAUCUCACUGGCACUCAUCCUCUUCAGCAACUACUACGCCUUCUUCAAGCUGCUGCGAGACCGCCUGGUAUUGGGCAAGGCCUACUCGUACUCGGUCAACCCCCAGAGGGACCUAGACCACCGGUUCUCCUGAGCCCCAGGGCAACCCAGGGACAGCAUCCAGAUUUCAGCCAGGGGCUCCCUGGGAAGCGGCUGUUGGGGAGGGAUGGGUGAGGGGCAAAAAAAACAAAAACAGACAAAAAAAAAAAUCCACCAGAGCUUUGUAUUUUUGUUACAUACUGUUUCUUUCUUUGAUAAUUGAUGUGAUUAUGAGGAGAAAAAAAAAGUCCUAUUUUUAUACUCCCAAUAAGCCUGUGUCCUGUA